UUCCGUUUUCAUCUCAUCUCACAAUAUUUACAUUUAUAGGGUCCAUCACCUUUCUCUCACUGCCCUCUUCGUCCGAGGAACGAACCUGUAAUUUGAUGUUUAUCCAAACGUGGAAUUGCAUCUGAAUCAGAUGUUCCAAACACUCCCACUCAUACUCUAUUCAAUUUCUACUAAGCGUUACACAAGAAUAUCGCCAUUCUUCUAUUCUAUGCUUUCCUUUCUUUAAUUCACCAACCCAAAAAUUUUGGGACUUCUCGCUUUUGAGCUGCCACUGCUUUUGUGUUUUUCAAACCUCCAGAUAAUGGUUCGUGGAAGAGAUGCCUGUUGGGAACAUUGUGUCCUUGUUGAUGCAACUAGACAGAAGGUCAGAUGUAAUUAUUGUCAACGGGAAUUCAGUGGAGGUGUAUACAGGAUGAAAUUUCACUUGGCUCAAAUUAAAAACAAAGACAUCGUUCCCUGCACAGAAGUUCCAACUGAUGUACGGGACCACAUUCAAAGUAUAUUAAGAACUCCUAAGAAACCAAAAACUCCCAAGAAACAGAAGCCGGAGCAAGCUACUGCAGCUAAUGGUCAACAGAAUAGCUCAUCCGCCAGUGGUGGCUUCCAUCAUAACCAUGGAUCCAGUGGGCAGAAUGGUAGUGCUUGUCCAUCUUUAUUAUUUCCACGUCCUUCACCAAGUGCCCUGCAUUUAGUGGAUGACGCCCAAAAGCAAAAGCAGGAUGAUGCUGACAGAAAACUUGCCAUAUUUUUCUUUCAUAAUUCUAUUCCUUUUAGUGCUGCUAAAUCCGUGUAUUAUCAGGAGAUGGUGGAUGCUGUAGCUCAGUGUGGGGUAGGCUAUAAAGCACCAAGCUAUGAGAAAUUAAGGUCUACUCUUUUGGAAAAAGUGAAAACUGAUAUUCACAAUGAUUACAAGAAAUACAGAGAUGAGUGGAAAGAAACCGGAUGGACAGUCUUAUGCGAUAACUGGUCUGAUGGUAGGACAAGAUCACUCGCUGUAUUUUCAGUUGCAUGCCCAAAAGGAACAUUGUUUUUGAAGUCAGUUGAUGUUUCAGGUCGUGAAGAUGACAGUACUUACUUGUUUGAACUCCUGGAGUCGGUUGUUUUGGAGCUUGGUGUAGAAAAUGUUGUUCAGGUUAUUACAGAUACCAGUGCUAGUUAUGUUUGUGCUGGAAGGCUUCUCAUGGCGAGGUAUAGUUCUUUGUUUUGGUCUCCUUGUGCUGCUUAUUGUAUUGAUAAGAUGUUAGAAGAUAUUGGUGGACAAGAUUGGGUAAGCACAGUCCUGGAAGAGGCAAAGACCAUCACACAUUACAUUUAUAGUCAUGCAUGGAUUUUGAAUAUAACGAGAAAGUUCACUGGCGGGAAGGAAUUAAUCAGGCCAAAAAUUACUAGAUUUAUCACUAAUUUCCUUUCCUUAAGGUCUAUAGUGUUACAUGAAGAUAGUUUAAAGCAUAUGUUUUCUCAUUCAGAGUGGUUGUCUUCCAUAUAUAGCCGGCGUCCAGAUGCGCAAGCCAUUAAGUCAUUGCUAUAUUCGGAUAGAUUUUGGAAGUAUGCGCAUGAAGCUGUGAAUGUUUCUGAACCUCUGGUUAAGUUCCUAAGGAUGGUUGAUGGUGACAUGCCUGCUAUAGGUUAUAUAUAUGAAGGAAUAGAGAGGGCAAAGGAUGUGAUCAAGGCCUAUUAUAAGGGAAUCGAGGAGAAAUACAUGCCAAUCUGGGAUAUAAUUGAUCGGAGAUGGAACAUGCAACUUCAUUCAUCGUUACAUGCUGCAGCUGCAUUUCUUAAUCCUUCAAUUUAUUACAAUCCAAACUACAAGAAAGAUUUGAGGAUGAGGAAUGGGUUUCAAGAAGCCAUGCUUAAGAUUGCAACUACAGAUAAAGAGAAAGUGGAAAUAACCAAAGAACUUCCUAUUUACAUCAACGCCCAAGGUGCGAUGGGGACUGACUUUGCUGUCUUGGGAAGAACACUGAACACCCCAGGCGACUGGUGGGCCAGUUAUGGUUAUGAAAUCCCCACGCUCCAGAAAGCUGCAGUACAGAUACUUACCCAACCUUGUAGUUCCCUUUGGUACAGAUGGAACUGGAGCACUUUUGAGAGUUUACAUAACAAGAAACGUAACAGAGUGGAGCUGGAGAAAUUCAGCGAUUUGGUUUUUGUGCAUUGCAAUCUUUGGUUACAAGCCAUUUUCCAACGCAGGGAAACAAAAUUUAGACCCAUUAUCUAUGAUGAAAUAGAUGUUAGCUGUGAAUGGCCCACUGAAAUAGAAUCUUCACCCCAACUUAUGGAUGAUUCGUGGUUGGACGAUUUGCCCCUUCAAUGCGGAGGGAGUCCUUAGCGUUGAGGUAAGUGCAAAUUUAAUUAAAUCAUGUUGUAUAAUAUUUAGGUAGUAGUUGAAAUUUAUAUAUAAAAACAAAUAAUUAGUGGUCAAAUUGAUUAAUGAU